UUUUCCAUUUCGGCAACACCCCAUGUACACAUUUCUUCUGAGAGGAAUUCGGACGAGCGUAAUGGUGGAAAUGGCAGAAUUUUGUUGACAUUUGUUUAGUUUUCUUGCGCACUGCAGACGGGGGUAGAGAAGCUAAGUUUUAGACUUUAAGCGAAGAGAUGAUCUCCUGGAUAUUGCACUAAGUCUUUCUACACCGCUUCUCAACUCCAAAGACUGUCAUGCAGGCCAUUGCAGCCCCUUCGGCUUACCUGAGCUGUACCGACUGCAAGUCGAGAUUUUCCUCGGCCUCUUCCCUGCUCAAGCACUUCGCGGAUCACAUCAGCAGCAGCGGCGAUGGUAGCAACGUGUCUUCAGAGUCGGAGGACACACGCAGUGAGCUUUACAAUGCCAUGCAUGAGCCACCGAGUCCAGGAAGGGCAAGUCCCGUCCUCGAAGAUAAACGGUCGCGUCUCAAGAUUCCAGAGUUGGUCAGGAUCAACCGCAAACGCAAUUCAGUUGAUCAGCAGUCAGAGUUGAAGAAAGAAGAUGAAAACCAAAAGGAAGAGUUCAACCCCCUGAAAUUCUGCGAGGUAACCCUCGAGGAGGGGAACGAGAAGUUGGAACUGCAGCAUCAGCAGCAACAGCAGCUGUCGGCAGGGUCAUCACUCGUCUCCGUGAAUCCUGAGGACGUGGUGCAGGCUGGCAAGAAGUACGUGUGCCAAGUCUGCAACAAGCGCUUCGGUUGGUCAACCGACCUGAAGCGACACACCCUGACGCACACGGGCGAGCGGCCGUUCCAGUGUCAGUUGUGCGGCGCCACUUUCACCCGGAACUUCUUGCUGCAGAAGCACAUGCAGAAACUGCACCUAAAUAACCAGUGCGUGGUGCCGGUGGCGCCACCAACCGAGCCAAAGAAGCCGCCCACCUCGCCAGGGGUGUUGACUGUGAGUCCCGAACCUCCGUCGGGAGCGGCCACCGAGGUGCGUCGCGAGCCCAAAGGCAAGGAGCUGGCUACAGAGACGGCCGUGCCGCCCGCCUCCAAGAAGCGCUGCCUCGACUUGAUCGCAGACCACUGAAUACCGCCACGUAACAAUCUUCCUGACAAUACCCCAGAAGCUGUUGUUAACUUAUUACUCGACUUUUUGCACUGGCCUAGAUUUCAUACCAACACACGUGUUUCUCCAAUUUAUCGAGUUCCUCUUUGCAAGCAGGAUUUUUUUAUCUAGAUCUUGGCCAGUUUACUUAAUGGUAUAGAUACUGAAUUGGACAAUACCAAAUCUGGCAUUCUAGUGGUUAUUGAAUUGCGUUAAGGACAGGAAUAGUGUCGACUUGUUUGAAGCUGGAGAAAAACUAGGACAACAAAGGAAAGCAAUUGACCGUUUUGCGAAAGGCCCUCCGUAUUAAGACACUGUCACUGCGAUUACUGCUAUGGUGCACUCUGCACUUGAUAGCUUUUGACACGUUUUAACCAAAAAUCGGUUCACCAAUCGCCUUUAAAACGUAAAACUUAGAACAAAUUCUUUGCUGACGUUUCUAUGGUGAUUUACAGGAAUAGGUUUUGAUAAAAGAACGCUAAAUGAAAAAUGCGCAGCAGCAAGAUUGAAUCUGAAAUCGUAUGUAACCGUUGGCGCCAUCUGUUGGCGGAGUCGCUCACAAUCAUUAGGUUAUAAUUGAGGAGGGCCGAAGAACUGAUUAAUACUAAUAAUUAAUAAUCAGGGAAACGGUCAAGGAACCCAAAAAAGACUCAAAGGCAAGGAAACCGGGUCUGUAAAAAUUCCAACGAUUUUUCCCUCUGCUAUAAAUAACCAGAUAUUUAAAGGAAACGCAAAUUUUUGAACCUAAAAUACUAUAUUUUUCUCUUAAUCGAAUGUCAGUUUGAAAACUUAGUUUCCUUUCCCCCAAGGCGAAUAAUUUUCUGUUGAAUAUCGAUCUAUUUUCGCGCGUCGGAGGACUGCGAUUGUUCAGAUUGGCAGGUAGUAGUAUAUUAUUACGCUACUGUUAACCGAUAAGAAUGUCUGUGGUCCUUCGCCACCCGGGAAUAGAACCCUGACCGUUGAAACGAUGGGUGAAUUUUUUUUUUAAUUAUCAUUUUGUUAAAAGUAAACAAAAGAAAUAUCAAGUCAACUGGUGUGAGCUUAAGAUAAUAAAAACACUAACGUGUUUAUUGAAAACGUCUCCAAAUUAAUUAACUUCAUUUUCAAACAAGUAAGCAUUUCUCUGCGGUCACGUCCUUGAACACCUCGAGAUCUCCUUCACUUGGUCGGCCAGUGUAUCAAGUCUGUAAACAUUGUAUAUCGCGGCUUAAUUUUGUAAGCCAGCCACUUACACGAAGAUGCAUGUUUUCCGAUUGAUGACAAUAAUAUUGCUAUUUCUAUUGAUGAAAACACACACAUACUAUGUUCGAGGUAACAAAAAGAACCUGCUCCAUUGAGAAUGAUGCCUUUGACCAGUUUUAGCCGCUUCAGUUUUAUAUGAUUAAUCAAUUACGUACUGUUAGCAUUAGUUGCGAAUUUCCAAACUGCAACAUUCUCAAUGCAGACUUCUAUUUGUAAGAAAGUGUACACAUAAUUAUUAGGAAUGUCUACUGCGUGUGUGAAGUAUUUUACACGAAUCUAAAGAAAGGACACUACUUCUUAUGAAAUUUAUGAUACAAGUAUUUACAUGAUGCAAAACUCUUCCAUUUUCUUGGGGUAAAUUAACGGUAACUGAUACACUUCGGUGAUUGACAAUACAAAACUGUUGUAGGUAAUUUUUAUCUUAGGUGAACAUGGCUUAAGUUGAGUGGCCCACACGAUGUUUGAUUGACUACCCUUUAUGCUACAUGCUGUGCUUCUUAUAUAUAAUAUACACAUGAUUCGUUGAAGUGCGACAAUAAUUUAUGUAAACGGGCGAUAAUUGUGCAAUCAUUUGAACUGAUGGCAUAAGUACAAUUAUUGUUGACCUUGCCAAAGAGAGAUAACCCUUGCUUCUAUUGAUAUCAUUGUGUUGAUUGAUGAAUGAAUAUAUAUUUGGGUAAUUUGAUUUGAUUUGAUUUUCUUAGAAACUUGUUGCCACCAUUUGUGCUUUGCCCUUUACAAUUAUUAUUUCUUAGUUUGGGUGUCGACCAUUUUUUUGUCCGUUUACUGUCAUCACUUGUUCUUGAAAACACACUCACGAAAGGAAACUUUCCAGUUUAACCACCAUUGUUGUAUGAAAACAAACGUAACUGAUGUCGAGAAUGUAUCUGCAGAGACCGCAACCCGUCAUGCAGCAGUGUUCGUGUAUGUAUCUUACGAAAAAGUAUUUUUAUGUAUCAUCGUACGCAUGUACUUAAUUAGGGACUUAAUUAAAAAAUCAUAAUGUCACUAUGUAGAACGCAUUUAGAAAAGUAACACACACAUACUGUAACGUCUUUUAAGUAUUGUUCCUAUUUUUUCAGAUUAAGUCUCCCCUAACCUUUAUUCACUGUGUGUGUAUUAUCGACGUUGUAUUACAAAGAAAGUAAAUAAGGAAUUCAAGUCACUUUAUUGCACCCUAUUUUUUCACAAGUUAUGUGUAGCUAGUCAAUCAAAAAACAUGCACUUAAUUUGCGUUCAGGAGCGAAGAGUUGUGUUCCUCGAAUCAUUUUCAGAUUUUUUCUUUUCAAAACAAUUCGAAUUUGGUUGUGCUACUUAAUUAGCAACUAAACACACAUGUAAUUCUGCAAAUGAUUUGUAUUAAUCACUGAUGUAUAGUGAAAAUAAAGAAAGUAAGACGUGUCUUGUAAAAUUUU